AUGUUCCCAGAGGCUUGCCUGUCCUUCUGGGGAUGGGGAGGCCUCGGAGUCGUGCUCUUCUUCUUUACUUUUGGACCCUUUGCCAUUUUCUACCUGGCCUUCUACUUUCUAUGCUUCAUUGGAGGGGGCUUUGUUGUCCUCCUCCUCUAUGGGAAAAUUAACUCUGAGAAGCACCUGGAGAGCUGUGAGCACUCGUACCUGCCGGCCACAGCCACCGGCAUCAUGACCACACUGGAAGAGAUGAAGCUGGAGCUGAAGCCUCCUAAGAUCGAUCGGAGACUAACAGGCUCAAGUUUCAUCGAUGAGCCGCUGCAGCAGGUGAUCCAGUUUGCUCUGAGAGACUACAUCCAGUACUGGUACUACACUCUGAGCGAGGAUGAGUCCUUCUUACUGGAGAUUCGGCAAACGUUGCAGAAUGCGCUGGUGCAGUUCUCCACAAGGUCCAAGGAGGUGGACUGGCAGCCGUACUUCACCACUCGCCUUGUGGAUGACUUUGCUACUCAUUUACGCGUGUUUGGAAAAGCCCAGGACCGACUUGCAGAAAGGGACGACAAGCAGGGGGACAAGCAGGGGGAGAUGGUGGACUGCUUCUUUGAGGCCGAGGUGGAGCUGGAGAGGACGGUGUGCAGAGACAUGGUGUGCACUAGUCCCAAAGAUGAAGAGAGUUUCCUGCGUGACCUGUGUGAGUUACUUCUCUACCUGCUACUACCUCCUGGAGAUUUCCACAACAAAAAUAUGCGAUACUUCCUCAGAGAAGUCCUGGCCUGUGGAGUCCUCCUUCCUCUCAUUCACCAGCUCAGUGACCCGGAUUACAUCAACCAGUUUGUGAUCUGGAUGAUCCGGGACUCCAGCUGUAACUAUGAAGCCUUCAUGAGCAUCCUGAAGCUGAGCAACAGAGUGACGGAGCUGGAGGCCGUCAAAGACAAGGUGCUGGAGGAGCUGCAGUACCUGCGCUCGCUCGACACGGCAGGAGAUGACAUCAAUGUCAUCAAGAACCAGAUCAACAGCCUGCUGUUUGUGAAGAAAGUGUGUGAGAGCCGCAUCCAAAGGCUACAGUCCGGAAAGGAGUUGGAUGCAUUGAAGUUGGCCGCCAACUUUGGAAAGCUUUGUGUCAUCCCUUUGGAUCACAUACUGGUCCACAACAUUGCACUGCAGUUCUUUAUGGACUUUAUGCAGGCAGCUGGGGCCCAGGCAGAGCUGUUUUUCUGGCUCACAGUGGAGGGCUACAGGGUGACAGCGCAGCAGCAGCUGGAGGCCAUGCAGCUGUGGAGCAAAGACGGGAAGAAGCAGCCAGCCACCACCAAGGGCCUCCUGAAGGCAGCAGCGCUGGGCGUCUUUGACCAGUACCUGUCAGAAAAGGCAUCUCCCAGAGUUCAAGUGGAUGAAGUUUCCAUCACCAAACUUGGAGAGAAACUGCAGAAGGACGACCCUACUCCUGAGAUUUUUGAUGACAUCCAAAAAAAGGUCUAUGACAUGAUGCUCCGCGACGAGCGCUUCUACCCUUCCUUCAAACAGAGCCCGCUGUACGUGCACAUGUUGGCGGAGCUCGACAUGCUGAAGGAACCCAGCUACAGGGGCUCUGAUGAUGGGGAGGUGGAGUCCUUUAACGGCUCCCCCACUGGAAGUCUCAACCUGUCUCUGGAUGAACUGUCAAACUCCUGCCAUGACGAGUCUCUGCAUCUCCACGCCUUCAUCUCAGACACAGUAGUUGACGCUUUUGUCCCGGGCUUGUGGGCUGCUACAGGGGUGUGUAACGACCACGGGAAAACCUACGCGCUGUACGCCAUCACGGUCUUCAGGCGCAACGUGGACGGGAGCGAGGACUGCUGGAAGACUUACCGCCGCUACUCUGACUUCCACGACUUCCACAUGAGGAUCACAGAGCAGUUUGAAAAUCUAGCAUCCAUCCUCAGACUGCCAGGCAAAAAGACAUUCAACAACAUGGACAGAGAGUUUUUGGAAAAGAGAAAGAAAGACCUAAAUGCAUACUUGCAGCUUCUACUGAACCCGGAGAUGGUGAAGGCAUGUCCCGCUCUGAUUCACUAUGUAUACGACUUUCUGGAAAAUAAAGCAUACAGCAAGGGCAAGGGAGAGUUUGCUCGCAAGAUCGACACGUUUGUGAACCCUCUGAAAAGCUCCAUGAGAAACGUGUCCAACGCGGUGAAGGCGCUGCCGGACAGUCUGGCCGAAGGCAUGAACAAAGUGUCCGACAACAUGGGCCGCAUGUCAGAGCGCCUGGGCCAAGACAUCCGGCAGUCCAUCCUCAAGGUGCCUCCAAUGCUCCCAAAACCAGAGCUGGACCCUGAACACUGCCGAGUGUCUGCACAGCUGGACGAUAAUGUGGACGACAACAUCCCUCUGCGGGUCAUGCUGCUGCUCAUGGACGAAGUGUUCGACCUGAAGGAGAAGAACCAGUGGCUGCGGCGGAACAUCAAGAACCUGCUGCAGCAGCUCAUCAGGGCCACCUACGGAGACACCAUCAACAGGAAAAUAGUGGACCAUGUUGACUUUAUGACAUCACCAGAGCAGGUGGCUGACUAUGUGAAGAAGUUCAGGGACUCGUAUUGGCCCAACGGGAUCCUGGCCGAGACUUCUCCACGCAGAGACAAAAACGUACAGAUGAGGACCCGAGUGGCGGCCAAAACCAGCCUGCUGGGCAUCAUGCCAGAUGAGCUGAAGCACAUCAUCGGUGCAGACACCACGCGGAAGGGCAUCCUGCGGGUCUUCGACAUGUUCCAGUACCAGCCCAUGAACCGGCGCCUCGUCUACGUCUUCCUCGAGGGCUUUUUAGAAACCAUGUUCCCCAAAUACAAGUUCCCCGAGCUGUUUGUGAAGCUGCACUCGCGCUCGCCUCGCAUCCACAGAUACAACCAGAAACUCAAGCCGUGCGUCACAAAAAGGUGA